GGUUAGAAAUGUAAUUCGUGCGGACCAAAAGAUAACGCGCGAUGCCAUAUUUAAGGGUUCACAUACGGUCUCCUCCACUAUAGUUUAUCUAAACAAUAUGAAGGCUGUCGCUGUUUUGCUUGUUUGCCUUAUUGGCUACGUCUACUCCGAGUCCUGUACAAACUCAGUCAGUGAGUGCCAGCACACGUCAUGUGACAGCUCGUCAGAACUCCACUGUGUGGACGGGCUGUGUACCUGUACCACCCCAACCAACAUGGCCUGUAGGACCCAACAGGACUGCCUAAACAUCGCUGAUUGGGACUGCCCAGCCAACAGACGCCAUUGCAUCGACAAUGUCUGCAGAUGCUCGAGAUUCUGAAUAAAUGUUUCUAGCUGAA